CAGGGUGCACUCUUUCUUCAGUCUCAUCAGUCUGCGUUCAUUGUGACUCUGAAAAAGAUGACCCAUGAAGCCUAAUCCGGAUAUUUGAUGUCAUUUUUUUUCACGCACUCUCUGAUUUCUAAAAUCAGAGGUAGGCUAUGACUUUUUCGUGCACCUGAAUCUAUCGGUGACGGGCUAUUUGUUAUUUCUUUUAUCUGCGCACUGUGAGCCUCACAUAAUGUACAAGUUAGGCUUUGUCAUCGUGAUAAGCUGCGCGUUUUUUCCAUGGGGAUCUGGAGCGCCAAAGCCCCUGGCUGAAGAUCCCAGGUCCCAACUUGAGAGUAGUGCAGAGCAAAAUGACAGACUGCAAGAGGAGAUAGAAGGCCGACAGAACAUUCUCUCCAAGCUGCUGGGUGAUUAUGACAAAGUGAAAGCCCUGUCGGAAGGCUCUGACUGUCGGUGUAAAUGUGUUGUCAGACCCCUGAGCAGGAGCGCCUGUCGACGGAUAGAAGAAGGGAGCGCCUCUGCGCAGGACUUCUACACCGUGGAGACCAUCACUUCUGGACCGGAGUGCAAGUGCGCCUGCAUCGCCCCGCCAUCAGCGGUCAACCCCUGCGAGGGAGAGUACAGGCUAAAAAAGCUUAGGGAAGCUGGGAACGAAAAUGUCAAGCUGUCCACCAUACUUGAGCUGCUGGAGGGAUCCUUCUAUGGCAUGGAUCUACUGAAGCUGCACUCCGUUACCAACAAGCUCAUUGAUCGCGUGGAUCACAUCGAAAAGGCGGUGUCUCUGAAUCCAUCUGUGGAUGAGGUGAAACUCAGGGAAGGUCCUACUGGUCAAACAGGUUUAACUGAAAGCCCGACUCAGGUUCCCCAUCAGCCUCAGGGUGGAAAGAUAGUUGGAGAGGUUAGCAGAGCUGCAGCAUAUCAAGACCCAGAGUUGGUGUCUCUGAAUCCGACUGUGGAUGAGGUGAAGUUUUGGGAAAGCACUUCUGUUCAAGGAAGUGUGACUGAAAGCCCACCUACUCCUCUUCCAAAUCAGCAUAAGGAUGGGACGACAGUUGGUGAGGUCAGCAGGGCAGCAGCCAAUCAAGACCCAGAGGAAAAGUUUGACGGGAAGCUCAUUGUGGAAAAUCAACCCUUCUUACACACAGACGGCUCUGGUCAGAUCAUUGAGGUCAGACCUCAGGUGACCCUCAAAAGUAGCGCUAAUAAGGAGGCUUCUCAGGUGUCAAAGGCUGGAUCAUCUGGAAUGAUUAUCAGAGGAAUGACUUUUUAUAAAUCGGAGCCUGAUCCGAUGGUGGCAGAUGAUGGGGAGCCUGGAGAGAACUUUUUUGAGUAUGGUUUGAGCGGUGACGGUCCAGAUAACCUCUUUACCGAAGAGAAUCUGCUUCAACCCAGAUCUCCUCGGCCCUGGAGCAGAGAAGGACUGAGAUUGUUUCGACCAAAAACAACAGGUCCUUUGCACGCACCUAAGAAGACCAGCCAAUCAAAAAACACAAAAGAAACUGAGCCCUUAAAAACUCCUCAAAGGUUUAUCAGUGCCAUGGGAACCACAUCGGUUGCACAGAGUGACACAUCCACGGUGAGAAGCAUCAGCCUUGGACCACCUAUUGCAGAAAACAAAGACAGGACCACAGACUUCGUGCCUCAGACCACUCAAACAGUCACUGCUGGAAUCACCAACAGACCAGUCCCUUCGCUGAUUGAAGCAGCAAACAUUUCUUUAAGUAUUAGUCAGCCGAAAAAGAACAAAACCUCAGUCGAAGCCUCUGAAAACACAGCGACGGAGGAAAAUGCACAAGCAUUCACAACAACAAAUACACCCACCAGUGUGAAGGAACCCUCUGGUGUGGAGCUAAAAGACCAAUUGCAAACCAUAGCUGGCAGUACUUCAGCUAAUCCAGGCUCUGUUGAACUAAAUCCAACAACAAAGCCUUUAACUACCAGCCUGGAGACUACUAUGACCCUCACAACCCACGCUGACCCGACCACAGCACCGGUACAUCCCACAACAGCUGCCACAACUGCUACCUCCACACAGGCUGCUACUACAAAACAACCAGAAGAAACAACAUCCACCGACUUUUCAGGCUCAGAUUUGCCACAGACACCAACAGCUUUGCUUCCUGCAGCAUUAACUACCUCGUCUUCAACCACCACCACCACAACUACCACCACCACAACUACCAAACAGGCUGCUCAGGUCAAACAGAGAUACAAAAUCAGCUGGGAAGAGGAAGGACACAUGGAACUAGACGAACCGAUGCAGAGGCAUGAGGAAUCCAGGCCAAAGAAACCCGAGGAGUGCAAGGACACUUUGGCAACAAUCUCCGAGCCAGUCACUCACAACACCUAUGGCAGAAAUGAGGGAGCAUGGAUGAAGGAUCCGAAAUCUGAUAACGGCAAAAUUUAUGUGACAAACUUCUAUUAUGGAAACAACCUUCUGGAAUUCCGCAACCUGGAAGUUUUCAAGCAAGGCCGUUUCAGUAACUCCUACAAGCUUCCUUACAACUGGAUCGGCACAGGCCAUGUGGUCUAUGGCGGGGCCUUCUAUUACAAUCGCGCCUUCUCCCGUGACAUCAUCAAGUUUGACCUGCGACAGCGUUACGUGGCUGCUUGGACCAUGCUGCACGAUGCCCUGUAUGAAGACUCGUCGUCGCCUUGGGAUUGGCGUAGCCACUCGGACAUCGACUUUGCUGUGGACGAGAGCGGCCUGUGGAUCAUCUACCCGGCACUGGAUGACGAGGGCUUCUUACAGGAAGUGGUUGUCCUAAGUCGACUGGACCCCUCAGACCUCAGCAUGCAAAGGGAGACCACUUGGAGAACGGGGCUCAAGCGAAACCACUUCGGGAACUGCUUCGUUGUGUGUGGCGUCCUGUAUGCUGUUGACAGCUAUAACCAAAGAGACGCCAACCUGGAAUAUGCCUUCGACACGCACACAAACACUCAAAUGAUUCCCAGAAUGCCCUUCAUCAACAACUACACCUACACCACACAGAUUGACUACAAUCCUAAGGAGGGUGUUUUGUACGCAUGGGACAAUGGACACCAAGUCACAUACAACAUAAAGCUUGCCUAUGUUGAUGCUCAGUAAGGAUCUGUUUUAAGUGUAAUUGUUAAUACUAUGGUUUAUGGAUUGUAGAUCAGUCCACAUGGCUUCAUGUAUGGAGAGAAGCGAGGGGCCAAAUGUAUAAAAUUCAAUAUAUUGUGUUCAAAAUUGUUCUUAUUAAGAUUUUUUUUUGUAUUUCUACUUAAAAUAAAUUAAUAAGACUUA